AUGUCAGCUAUCAACCGCAUUAGGGGUGCGUUUGCGCCGCCGCGCAAGGGCGAAACCUUCGAGCUGCGAGCCGGCCUUGUGUCCCAAUAUGCCUACGAGCGAAAGGAAGCCAUCCAGAAGACCAUCAUGGCCAUGACCCUGGGCAAGGAUGUGUCGGCGCUCUUCCCGGACGUCCUCAAAAACAUUGCGACCUCCGACCUUGACCAGAAGAAGCUGGUGUAUCUCUACUUGAUGAACUACGCCAAAUCACAUCCCGAUCUCUGCAUUCUAGCCGUCAACACAUUCGUACAAGACUCGGAAGAUCCGAACCCCCUCAUUCGAGCGCUGGCGAUUCGAACAAUGGGCUGCAUUCGUGUCGACAAAAUGAUUGAUUACAUGGAGGAGCCGCUACGAAAGACGCUACGAGACGAGUCCCCCUACGUACGCAAGACCGCCGCCAUCUGUGUCGCCAAACUGUUCGAUCUCAACCCCACAAUGUGCAUCGAGAACGGUUUCCUGGAGACACUGCAAGAGAUGAUUGGCGAUCCCAAUCCCAUGGUUGUGGCCAACUCCGUCCAGGCUCUGUCCGAAAUCCACGAAACUGCCCCCGAGACCAGGGCGCUUGUCCUCACACCCGCGACCCUAAAGAAGCUGCUUAUGGCGUUGAACGAGUGCACGGAAUGGGGGAGGGUCACCAUUUUGACAACACUAGCCGAGUACACUGCCCAUGACGUCAAGGAAUCGGAACACAUUUGCGAAAGAGUAGCGCCCCAGUUCCAACACGUCAACCCCAGCGUGGUUUUGGCUGCCGUCAAAGUCGUCUUCACCCACAUGAAGGCUCUCAACCCCAAGACAGUGGGCGCUUACCUGAAAAAGAUGGCUCCCCCUCUGGUAACGCUCAUCGCUUCUGCCCCUGAGGUUCAGUAUGUCGCGCUGCGCAACAUUGACCUUCUGCUGCAAGCCAAUCCCGAUAUUCUCAGCAAGGAGCUGAGGGUAUUCUUCUGCAAAUACAACGACCCCCCGUACGUCAAGCUCCAGAAGCUUGAAAUUAUGGUCAGGAUAGCAAACGACAAGAACUUUGAUCAACUACUUUCCGAGCUCAAGGAGUAUGCCCUUGAAGUCGACAUGGAUUUCGUCCGGAGAGCUGUCAAGGCCAUCGGUCAGGUCGCCAUCAAGAUUGAGGCCGCUAGCGAAAAGUGCGUCAACGCGUUGCUUGAUCUAAUCUCCACCAAGGUCAACUAUGUUGUGCAAGAGGUUAUUGUCGUCAUCAAGGACAUCCUCCGCAAGUAUCCCGGAUACGAAGGUGUCAUUCCGACUCUCUGCAAGUACAUCGACGAGUUAGAUGAGCCCAACGCCAGGGGUGCCUUGAUCUGGAUUGUUGGAGAGUAUGCCGAGAAAAUUAACAACGCCGAUGAAAUUCUGGAAGGGUUCGUCGAGGGUUUCUUGGAAGAGUUCACGCAAACCCAGCUGCAGAUUCUUACCGCCGUGGUCAAGCUGUUCCUGAAGAAACCGAGCAACACCCAAGGCCUAGUACAGAAGGUCCUCCAGCAAGCCACGGCAGACAACGACAACCCCGACAUCAGAGAUCGUGCUUAUAUCUACUGGCGUCUCCUCUCUGGCGAUCUCGAUGUUGCCAAGAGCAUCAUUCUCUCUCAAAAGCCCGCCAUUACGACAACAGUAACAUCCCUCCCUCCCGUCCUCCUCGAACAACUUCUUUCCGAGCUUUCCACUCUCGCCUCCGUCUACCACAAGCCUCCCGAGUCGUUCGUCGGCAAGGGCCGCUUCGGCGCCGACGAGAUCCAGCGCGCCGCCAUCCAAGAACAACGCCAAAACGCCGCCGAGAACCCCAUCGCCGCGUCAGUCGCUGCUGCUGCCAAAGGUGGCCAGCAGAACAACGUUGAGAACCUUCUCGACAUCGAUUUUGACGGCGGCGCUCCUGCCAGCGCAGAGCACGGUGGCGGUGCCGGCACACCAGAUCGGUUUGGCAGCCCGGCCAACGUCGGUGGUCUUCCCGGUGCGCCACCGCAACCCAGUGGCGGCAUGGCGGAUAUCAUGGGGCUUUUCGAUGCACCACCGCCCAUGCCGUCGGCGUCUGCUGCAACUUCACCGGCUGCUGCAGGCGGGAUGGGUGACAUGAUGAGCUCGUUUGCGGGCAUGGAUCUUAGCGGGACGAGUGCGCCGCCGCCGCCUGGUCAGCAGCUGGGGCAUCCGGCUAGUCAGACUCCCCCCAAGAGUGGUGGAGGUAGCGAGGAUCUACUUGGGUUGUUCUGAUGGAGGAAGUCAUGAUGGAUGAGUAUGGUGUCACUAUAAUAGCAUGGUAGUUGGGGUUGGUGAUGAGGGAACGGGCUAAAAGCGAUGGGACAUGCUAGCGCCUUGUUUGAGCAGUUUUUGUCCUUGUCUUGUGCAAUGAGCUGCUAUAUUAAUAGAUACGAUACACUAGGCUCUUCGUCGUCUCGUGAAUUUGGGGGGC